AUGAUUCCGCUAUGGUCGAUUCCAAUUGCCACGAUUACUGGCAACACUCUGGUUCUCAAACCAUCCGAAAGAGAUCCCGGCGCCGCUAUGAUUCUCGCAGAACUAGCCAAGGAAGCUGGCUUCCCAGACGGUGUUAUCAACAUCAUUCACGGCACGCACCGCGCAGUCAACUUCAUUCUCGACGAGCCAGCAAUCAAGGCUGUCAGCUUUGUCGGUGGCAACAAGGCUGGCGAAUACAUCUACACUCGUGGAUCAGCCAACGGGAAGAGAGUGCAAGCCAAUCUUGGCGCGAAAAAUCAUGCUGUUGUUCUACCCGAUAGUAACAAACAACGGACCAUCAAUGCGAUUUCCGGCGCUGCAUUUGGUGCAGCGGGUCAGCGGUGCAUGGCACUUUCUGCCCUGGUUCUUACUGGUCGUGAAACGCAUUCCUGGGUUGACGACCUUGUUGAAAACGCAAAACAGCUCAAGGUUGAUGGAGGUUUCGAAGAUGGCGCUGACUUGGGCCUCGUAAUUAGUCCUCAGAGUCUUGCCCGGAUAGAAGCUCUCAUCGAGAGUGCGGAACAAGAAGGCGCUAAGAUUGUGCUGGAUGGCCGCGGCUAUCGCCCUGACAAGUAUCAUAAUGGCAACUUCUUGGGUCCGACGAUCAUUACUGGCGUCAAGCCUCACAUGAAGUGCUACAAGGAGGAGAUCUUUGGGCCUGUGUUGAAGAAUGUUGAGGCUGGACAGCUUGGCAUAAACGUUCCGAUCCCAGUGCCUCUGCCCAUGCUCAGCUUCACAGGAAACAGGGCAAGCAUCGCCGGCGGUGGCGUCAACACAUUCUACGGCAAGGCUGGUUUGAACUUCUACUUGCAGACAAAAACAGUCACAAGCCUCUGGAAGCUAGAAGAUGAGGAGGCUAAUUCAUACAUGCAGAUUCAAUAA